GUGCAAAUCUUCAGUAGCAAGCUUGUGGUGUGUCUUGGCAUGCAGUCAAAUCUAGCACCUUUUCAGUGGGCUCAGGAUAAGCGCUCCGUAUUCCUCACCGUCAACUUACCUGAUAUUAAGGAUGAGAAAGUCGGUUUAUCAGAAAACAAAGUAACUUUUGAGGGGAAGAGUAAAGAUGCUUUAUGGACUAACGAGUUGGAACUGUAUGGAACUAUUAUUAAAGAUAAGUCGGUUAUUGAAAAAAGCGAUCGUAAAUUAACUUUUACUUUGGCUAAGGAAGAUACUGAAAAAUUUUGGCCGAGGUUGCUUAAGGGCAACAAAAGGCACCACUGGUUAUCUACCGACUUCUCGAAGUGGAAGGACGAGGACGAGAGCGACGAAGAUGACAAAUUUGGUGGUAUGGACUUUUCUAGUAUGAUGAACGACAGUUCUGGAAGGGAUUACGACAUGGAAGAUGACGAUCAAGAGUUGGAAAAUAGCAGCGACGAGGAACCGGCCGUAAAGGAGAGUAAUGAAGAAGCUCCCGAAGCCGCAACAGAAGUUUAAGUUUAAUAAUAAUA